UGGAACUCAAUUGAUCAAAAUUCCAUUGUGUUAAACAAAGUAAAAAUUGAAGAUAUUUCUGAUAGCUGGCUGCAGGUACAGUUCAAAGAAGCCUUAUCUUUUUCUCAAAAUAUUAUCAGAAUGAAAACAAUGAAAAAGGAUGGAUGUAGGUCUGAUUAUCUAGAGUUAGUGGAAUUGACAACAAUGGUUUUAUCUGGUGAUGAACAGUACAGGCUAAGAAAACCUGGGCCUGUACACCAUGCCAGAUUUAUGGCAAAGGGAAUAUACUUUCUGAAAAUGUAUCUCCUUCUAAACAACAUUUCUAGCUUGACAGAUUUUGAGAAGAAAGAAAUAAAUGAUAUGGCAUUCUUCACAGCUGUAUUUUACACUGAGUGGUUUAUAAAGGCUGAAAUUCCGGCUGUCGCUCCAUAUCAGGAUAUGAAAGCUCUUUGGCAGAUGAUGAGAUACUCAAAAAUCAAUCCUGUCCAGGCAAAACCUGUUAUAGAGUCUCUAAAGAGACACACCUGAUACAUAGACCCAAAUAUUUUAGUUAUGUCUCUUGUUGACAAAAAUGUACAAGAAUGGAGUGACAUUGCCAAGAAGUUGUACUCAACCCCAAGACCUACAACUUAUGCCAUAGAAAGACAUCAAGUUAAUUUAAAUAUACUGAACUCCCUUAUGUUUAAUGAUGAUACUCCCCCAAGUUUGACCCCGCUUAAAACUGACCAGAGUUGGUUAAUUUUUCAUAUCUUAAACCAUGCAAAUGCUGAAGUACAGUGGCUUAAGACUCCAUCUGAGACAUGGGAUCUAAAUGACUAUUACUUAGAAUUCAAACAAUUUGUGAAUAAUCUUGAAGUAGUAAAUGACUGUAGUGAGAGGGCUAUAAAACUAGUUCAGGAGUUGAUCAAUAAAUCGCAUAAUGAGGAUAAAAGACAAAGUACCUUCCUCAUAUCAAACAAAUAUAAGAGUGAAAGAACAAUUAAAAAAAAAUGUGAUUAUGUAAAGAAUUCUUUGUUUACAAAAUAAAUUUAUAAACAUGAACUA